CGCGGUUGUAUGGUUUAGAGCGUUUAGAGUCACUAAAUUCUAGUCGGGCAGAUCGCCGUUCGCUCAAAGGUCGAGAUUAGCGUGCCACACAACCAACCAGCCAUUUCCGAUCUUUACGUGUAUUAGCGUACUAGUUCAAACGGUUCAAGCGCGCAAAAUUCUCCAACAGGUCGGUCAAACUGGAAGGCAUCAACAACACGGCCGAAACUGACCGAGUGAACAGUGGUUCAGGCCAUUGCGGUCCGCCGUCAGUUCAAAGAUUCUGUGCAUUCUGUGUAUCAGAUUUGUCCGUCCAGCUGUUCAUGGACCUCACCUUGCACAGCAUCUGAUAGCGAUGGGAAUAGGAAACACGAUCGUGAUCUACUUGGUUGUGCCGGUGACGACGGCUACCGUCCUCCUCUUGCUGAUGCUGAAGCGUAGCCGCAAGUUCCAGGAAGUCUUCUCGGCACAUGUCUUCUUCCCGCUUGUGAGUCCGUUCUUCAAGAGUGCCUUCCUGGGAAUCCGUCGGGAAAUCAUGCAAAACCUUAACAACAUUGAGUCGCGUGACCCGGAACUGAGGCCUACGGACGCCAUUAGGGUCCUGGAGGUCGGUGUGGGUUCGGGUCGAAACUUCGACUUUGUCGACAGAAACAUUAAAUACCUGGCAGUGGACCCGAAUAUUUCCGUCAAAACCAAGUUUUUGGAUAAUCAAUCCAAACACAGCAACAUCGAGCUUGAGAGUUGGAUCCUGGCUUGCGGGGAGGACAUGAAAGAUGUGCCGGACGACUACGUGGACGCUGUGGUGAUCACGCAUGUCCUCUGUUCCGUACCUGACGCCAGGAAGGUACUCAGCGAGUGCAAGCGGGUGCUCGUUCCGGGUGGCAAGAUGCUGUUCAUGGAGCACAUUGGAUAUCCGGACAACACGUGGACUCUGCGGUUGCAGAGGCUCGUAGACCCAGUGUGGGAGCUGCUGACGUGCGGGUGCCACCUGAGUCGGAGCACGAGCAACACCAUCAUUGAAGCGGGUUUUCCCGAACUCCUUUUCAGAGAGGUCUACCUGCCAAUAUUCCCACUUCUCAGCCGGCACAUCUAUGGGGUGGCUACAAAGUCGAAAUCCUAGUGUUUUCGUUCCCAGCUCCACAACAUCAAUGAAUUUUUCACGAGUGAGAUAUACAAGUCCUGUUUGUUGAAUUGCACAAUUUGUCCUUGGAAGGAGGAAAUUAUUUGUGUUAUUGAUGACUUUGUCUACACAGGUUCUAGGUAGCAAAAUUCUGCUACCAAAUUAAAGGAGC